AUGAUAUCAAAUUCAAGCAUGGAAAAUUCGCUUACAUUUAUUGAAACUUCAACGAUUACACCUAAUGUCGCAAGUGAUGAAGCAAAAAGAGUUGAAGGUAUUACAACAGUUGUAAGCUAUGAAACCAAACUUACUAAUUCAACAGCAAAAGUACCAAUGGCUGUUUUCAAUAUUACAGUACGACCACCACUAAUUAAUGCAAAAUUCUUAUCGCAUUUUAAUAAAACAAGCAAUAUUUACAAGUAUUUGCUUCUAGAUGAAGUAGGUUAUAUGGAAGCGAAUGGAUCAGAAGCAUCGGAUUCGUCAAACAUUGUUUUCAGCAUCGAUGAUAAAACUACUUCAUUGAAUGAUUUAGCAAAUGAUGCUAAUGAAAUACAUAAUGAUUUAUAUUCAGAUGAUUCUCUAUCAUUAACAGAUGAUAUAGUAGUAGACGAAGAGUUUAAAUUGGGAAGUUCAACAAUGAGAAAUUUGCAUGAAAUACAUUUACAACCGAAAACGGAAACUACAUUAGUUUUUAAUGGAACCAUGCAAGCAGAUACUGUCACUAAUCAUGCUAGAAAUACUGAAGAUCAUCAUCGUAAUCUAUUUUCAGCAAAUAAUCCUAUUGUAUCACAUGAUUUUGAAGGAUUAAAGGAAGAAUCUGAUGGGAAAAUCUCGGAUAAUCAGGGAAAUAGCAGAACUAAAAACACAAAUAUUACAGUAUCACAAACAAUAGAUCCCAUAAAAUCUGACUUUACUACCCGAACAAUGGAUGAAAAUUUCAAUGCUCAGAUUAUGUUACGUGUAAUCACUCCGAAAACACUGACUACUGUUGACAAUCAAAGUAAUACGUUGCCUUUGAAUAUAUCUGUGACAUCAGCUCCUGAAAUUGAAGAAAUUGCUACCGUAAAUAAGAAGCGCAAAAAGAUUAUUCAUCAAACAUCGACAAUACUAAAAGCAGAAAAGCCUACUGGGAAUGAUUCAUCUUUAUCAUUUACAUCAAUUAUUCCUCAUGCUUCAACUUCAACUUCAAAAUUAAAUGAGCAAAAUACGGUAGUAAUUUUAUCAUCUGAUCAAACUUUGUUGCAUCAAUUAUCGAUACAGUCCGAUUUGCAAUCACAAAAUGAUCAAACUACUACUGUUAGUCAUGCAAAUGAAGAAAUGGCAAGUAUCAAAGACAGGAAUAAUGCCAAUAUUGUUGGUACUCUUCAAACAUCACAAUCAUCGUCAAUGAUAGUUCAGAAUUCAUUUUUCCAGCAAAAAUCCACUACAAACGGUAAUGACAUUACUUCAAUUGACACUAUUAUCUCAAACGAUGAUGCUCAUGAUGAUGCUCCUCAAAUUGAUCAUCUAACUUUUAACACAAUAUCAUCAUCAGCUACAUCCUUCCAAGAUAGUCUGACUGAGAAUUCUCGUACUAAUGGAAAAAGUUCUCAAUCAUCAUUUGGGAUUUCUACAAAUAACAAAUUUCACGUCGGUAAGGCUAUCAUCAAUGAUCUCAUUAAUGACGAAAAUUCCCAACAAUCAUUCGAAACUUCUACAAAUAAUAACUUUUUUGUUUGA